AUGGCUGAUGCUAAUUUUACAUUGGUUACAAAGUUUAUCCUUUUGGGAUUGACAGAUCGUGCUGAACUGAAGGUGGUCCUCUUCGUGUUGUUCCUGCUGAUAUAUUCCAUUUCCUUGGUGGGGAAUCUAGGAAUGCUCUUUCUAAUCCAAGUAACUCCCAAACUUCACACACCCAUGUAUUAUUUCCUUAGCUGCCUGUCAUUUCUUGAUGCCUGCUAUUCAUCAGUUUUUGCACCCAAAAUGCUGCUGAACUUCUUUGUGGAACAGGAGACAAUCUCAUACUCUGCAUGCAUUGUUCAGUAUUUUUUAUUCGUGUCACUUCUUACCACUGAAGGCUUCUUACUGUCGGCAAUGGCUUAUGACCGUUAUAUGGCUAUCGUGAACCCUUUACUUUACGCAGUGGCUAUGACUAAGAUAUUUUGUGCUGUUCUGGUCACUGGCUCAUGUGUAGGAGGUUUAAUCAACUCACUGACACACACAAUUGGCUUGGUGAAACUGUCUUUCUGUGGGCCAAAUGUCAUCAGUCACUUCUUCUGUGACCUCCCUCCCCUGUUGCAGCUGUCAUGUUCUGACACAUCCAUGAAUGAAUUGUUGCUUUUAAUCUUCUCUGGCAUUAUCGCCAUGAUCACUUUCUUGACUGUGAUGGUCUCCUACGUCUUCAUUGUUGCUGCCAUCCUGAGGAUCCGCUCAGCUGCAGGUAGACAAAAAGCCUUUUCCACUUGUGCCUCUCAUCUAACAGCUGUGACCUUAUUCUAUGGCUCAAUAAGCUUUAGUUACAUUCAACCAAGCUCCCAAUACUCCUUAGAACAAGAAAAGGUGGUAUCUGUAUUUUACACCCUGGUGAUUCCUAUGUUAAAUCCAUUGAUUUACAGCCUAAGAAACAAUGAAGUGAAGGACGCUGUAAAAAAGGCCAUAGAAAUGAAAUAUUAUUCUU